AUGGCAGAUAGUACAUCAGAUCUGUCAAUAAAUCUGCUGAAGCAUUCCCAGUUUGAAUCUCUGUAUCUUCAUGGCAAUUCAAGUAAUAUUGAGAUCUGUGUUGGUGAAGACACCUCAACAAAAUAUCCAGUGUCUUUUCCAACAGAUGUCCCAUCACAUUUUCAGUUUGUUGCAUCAUGGGAGAAAGAGGAGAAAGGUUGGAAGCUUGUUUGCGAAAAGGUUGUGAGGGAUGGUGUGUUCCCAACUACAGAACGUAAAAUGAAGGAAGCUCAAGAAAGAAAAGCAAGAGACCUAGAGAAAUUGGCAACGGCCCUUUCUGAUAUUGUCAGGAUAACCCCAAAA